CCUGUGGGCCAUCAGCCGACCCACAGGGCCACCAUGGGGAAUUACAGAGCGAUUCCGAUAUGGAUGCUGAGAUGGAUGGUACUAGCCGUUGGAAUAAGCGCCACACAGACAGCAAAUGGACCAGUCAACAUCAUCCCCCCAAUGACCAAGAUAAUCAUGACCUCAGGCGUGAGCCCCGCUCAUAAUGAACGAGUCUGCAGCACAUGGGGGAACUACCACUUCAAGACUUUUGAUGGUGACAUCUUCCAGCUGCCCUCUACCUGCAACUACAUCCUGACCUCACAGUGCAGGGGCAGCUACGAGGAGUUCAACAUCCAGAUGCGGCGGCAGGUGGUGGAUGGCCAUCCCACCAUCAGCAAGAUCACCAUGAAGCUGGAGGGCACGGCUGUGGAGCUGACCAACGGCUCAGUCAGCGUAGACGACCAGGAGGUGACUCUGCCGUACAGCCAUUCUGGAGUACUCAUUGAGAAAAACCCCUCCUACAUCAAAGUUACGGCCAAGCUGGGGCUCACAGCCAUGUGGAAUAAUGACGAUGCUUUCAUGGUUGAACUGGACAGCAAGUACAAAAAUCAAACUUGUGGACUGUGUGGCGACUUUAAUGGGGUCCAGCUCUACAACGAAUUCAUCAAAAAUGGUGCUGAGAUAUCUCCGUCUGACUAUGGACACUUUGCUAAGAUGGAUGCUCCAACAGAGAGCUGCUCGGCAUCAUCCAUUUCAUCAGACAGCACAUGCAACAAGCUGACAUCAGUGUGUGAGCAGUUGCUCUCAGGACCGUCCUUCAGCAGCUGUAAGGACCUCGUGGCCCUUGAUUUCUUCAUCAAAGCCUGUGAGGUGGACAUGUGCCAGUGCAGCAAAAACUCCAGCUCUUUCUGCCUGUGCAGCACCAUCUCAGAGUAUUCCCGCCAGUGCGUGCACGCCGGCGGAAAACCCAGCCAGUGGAGGACAGACCAGUUCUGCUCUAAAACAUGCCCUUACCAAAACAUGGUGCACCAGGAGUGCGGGAACCCCUGCAUCAACACCUGCUCCAACCCUGACAGAGGCCACGUCUGUGAAGAACACUGCAUCGAUGGAUGCUUCUGCCCAGCAGGUUAUGUGCUUGAUGACCUCACUGGUAAAGGAUGUAUAACACAGGAACAGUGCUCCUGCACCCAUAAUGGAAAAACCUAUCAGCCUGGUCAGUCCUUCACCAGCAACUGCAAGGAAUGCACAUGCACCAACAAUCAGUGGAGCUGUAAAGAGAAAGACUGUCCUGCAACCUGCUCUGUGGAGGGAGGCUCUCAUAUCACCACAUUCGAUGGAAAGGCAUACACUUUCCAUGGUGACUGUACAUAUGUCCUUGCUAAGCAAACCAAUGGCACAGACUUCACGGUUGUAGGAGACCUGGUGAAAUGUGGUCUGUCUGAUACAGAGGCGUGUCUGAAGGCGGUCACCCUGGCCCUCUCCGGAGGGAACACCGUGUUCAGCAUCCAGCCUGAUGGAAAAGUCUUUGUCAACAGAAUCUUUUCUCAGCUUCCUCUCUCUACAGCGGGUGUGAACAUUUUCAGACCGACCACAUUUUACGUCAUCGUGCAGACCUCUUUUGGACUUCAGAUGGAGAUUCAGCUUGUGCCAAUUAUGCAGGUUUACAUAACAGUGGAUGCAACUCACAAGCAGAAGUUACUUGGCCUAUGUGGAAACUUCAAUGACAUGCAAAGUGAUGAUUUCACCACUAUGAGUGGGUCCUGUGAGGGUACUGGUGUAGGCUUCGCCAACAGCUGGAGGACCAGAGCCAACUGCCCUGAAAUAAAGAACAGCUUUGAGAACCCAUGCAGUCUUAGCUUGGAAAAUGAGAAAUAUGCUCAGAAGUGGUGCUCUCUGCUGUCAGACUCCAAUGGAGUGUUUGCUCCAUGCCACAGUGAGAUCAGCCCAGAUCUCUAUCAAAAGAACUGCAUGUAUGACUCAUGCAAUUGUGAGAACAGUGAGAGCUGCAUGUGUGCAGCACUUUCUUCUUAUGUGCACGCUUGUGCUGCCAAAGGGAUCCUUCUCAAUGGCUGGAGAAAUGAAGCCUGCAAGAAUUAUACCACCUGCCCCAGCACCAUGGUCUACUCCUAUGACGUUCAGAACAACAACCAGUCGUGCCGCUGCCACAGUGACCCAGACUUUACAUGUGCUGUUACCUUUGAGCCUGUGGAUGGAUGCGUCUGCGCAGCUGGAACGUAUCUUGAUGAAAGCGGGAAAUGUGUCCCACCGGCUAAAUGUUCCUGCUACUUCAAAGGAUCAGUGAUUCCUCCUGGAGAAGUCAUCACCAAGGACGGUGCCAUGUGCACCUGCAAGAACGGCCAGCUCAGUUGCAUCGGACGUUCCACUGACGAGCCAUCUUGCUCCUCACCGAUGGUGUUCUUCAACUGCACCAACUCUGCCCCAGGAUCUACAGGCUCUGAGUGCCAGAAGAGCUGCAACAAUCUGGACCUGGCCUGUAUCAGUACAGAGUGUAUCUCGGGCUGUGUGUGUCCCUCGGGCCUCGUGUCUGAUGGGCAAGGAGGCUGCAUUAAAGAGGAACUGUGUCCUUGUGUCCACAACGGUGUCCUUCACCAACCCGGAGAAUCCAUCAAAGUUGACUGCAAUACCUGCACAUGUAAGGACAAGAAAUGGCAGUGCACCACAAACUCGUGCUAUGGAACCUGCACAGCUUACGGUGAUGGACAUUACAUCACAUUUGAUGGGAAAAGAUACACCUUUGAUGGAGACUGUGAAUAUACCCUUGUCAGAGAUCACUGUGGUCACAGCAAUGCCAGUGCUACCUUCAGAGUCAUCACUGAAAACAUCCCUUGUGGAACCACUGGCACAACCUGCUCCAAGGCUAUUAAGCUCUUCCUCGGGAAAAAUGAGCUCAUACUAACAGAUGGAAGCUACCAAGUAGUGCAAAGGGAUCAAGGAGAGGAAAUUCCCUACCAGAUCCAGCUCAUUGGAAUCUACUUGGUGAUUGAGGCCAAUAAUGGCAUGAUUCUUAUGUGGGAUCGAAAGACAAGCAUAUUUAUCAAGCUGAGUCCAGAAUACAAGGGUGCUGUCUGUGGCCUCUGCGGAAAUUAUGACGGCAAUGCAAAGAAUGACUUCACCUUGAGAAACCAAGGGGUGGUGACCAAUGCCUUGGAGUUUGGAAACAGCUGGAAGGAUUCCUCCACCUGCCCCAAUGCCAAAGCUAUCCUGAAUCCCUGUUCCUUUAACCCCUACAGGCAGUCCUGGGCUCAGAAACAGUGCAGCAUCAUCAACAGUGAGGUCUUCCAAGACUGUCAUUCACAGGUGGAUCCUACUCCCUAUUUUGAGGCUUGUGUGUGGGACGCAUGUGCUUGUGAUACUGGUGGAGAUUGCGAGUGUUUGUGCACUGCUGUUGCAGCAUACGCAGAAAUCUGUAAUGCGGUUGGAACCUGCAUUGCAUGGAGAACGCCUAGCGUCUGCCCAAUGUUCUGCGAUUACUACAACCCUGCUGGUGAGUGUGAGUGGCACUAUAAACCCUGUGGUGCCUCCUGCAUGAAGACCUGCAGCAACCCCUCUGGGAAGUGUUCCAGUCAGAUACCACCACUAGAAGGCUGUUAUCCAAACUGUCCUCUUGAUCAGCCAUACCUUGAUGAACACACAAUGAAAUGUGUGAAGAGUGAAAGCUGUGGCUGCUACGAUAAACAAGGGAAGCAUUACAGCAACGGAGAGAAGGUUCCCACCGCAGAAAACUGUCAGACAUGUUCUUGCCAUUCUAUGACAAUCAACUGCACAAGAGAUAUCAACGCAUGUACCUGCACAUACGAUGGAAAAACAUAUCGAUAUGGAAGCACUAUCUACAAUACCACCGAUGGGCUUGGCCACUGCAUGACUGCUGUCUGUGGAGAGAAUGGAAAAAUUGAGAGGAAAAUGUAUCCUUGCCCUACAACUCCAACAACAACAACCGCUCCAACAACUACCUUUAACUUCUCAACAACACAACCAGUGUCAACUACGCGCUCUAGUACUCCAACAUCACCACAGCCGACGACUACUUCUGGACCAUGCCAGCAAUCAUGUGCAUGGACUCAAUGGUUUGAUACAACAUUCCCCACCCCUGGUCCCAAUGGAGGUGACUCUGAAACUUACAAUAGUAUUAGAGCAGCUGGUUAUAAAAUCUGCAAUGAACCGAGCAAAAUUGAGUGCCGAGCUGAAAAGUAUCCAAACAAAAGCAUAAGCGAAGUAGGGCAGGUUGUGGAAUGUAAUGUCAAAGAAGGUUUAAUAUGCAAGAACAAAGAUCAGUCAGGCACAUUUCCACUAUGCUUGAACUACCAAAUACGAGUUUAUUGCUGUGACAACAAGAACUGUACAACAAAGCCACCAACAACUUCACCAACGGUAACUACCACAACAAAGACAACUCCACAUCAGUGUGAGGUCUGUUCCUGGACUCCAUGGAUGAAUGUUGAUUAUCCCGAAUAUGGACCAAAUGGAGGCGACAAUGACACUAUUAAAAAUAUUAUCAAGUCUGGACGCUACAAAGUAUGUGAAAAACCAGUUGAAGUCAUAUGUCAAGCAGCGCGCUACCCAGGACACACCUACAACAACAAUUACAACAACUCCAACAACAAGCACACCUACAUCAACAACAACUCCAACAACAACAACAUCCCCAACCACAACAUCAUCCCCAACCACAACACCAUCCACAACCACAAGCUCAUCACCUACAUCUACAACAAAAACCACAAUUUCGACCACAACAAGCUUGCACCAAGUAAAGUGGAAUGCAGAGCAAAACUCUACCCAGGACUUCCACUUUCACAACUGGGUCAAGUGGUGACUUGUAAUGCUAAAGAUGGACUGAUUUGUUUGAACCAAAACCAGGAUCUCCAGCAGCAGUGCUUAGAUUACGAGAUUAGAGUUUACUGUUGUGAAGUUGAGCCUGGGCCUUGUCCCAUUACUUCAACUGAAACAACAACAUCUUCACCAACUACAACAACAACCACACCUACAACAACAAUUACAACAACUCCAACAACAAGCACACCUACAUCAACAACUCCAACAACAACAACAUCCCCGACCACAACAUCCCCGACCACAACAUCAUCCACAACCACAACACCAUCCACAACCACAAGCUCAUCACCUACAUCUACAACAAAAACCACAAUUUCGACCACAACAAGCUGUAAAAGUUGCCAGUGGUCAGCGUGGAUGGACUUUGGCCCUCCAACAACAGGAGCUAAUGGUGGCGAGAUUGUACCAAUAAAAAGAAUAACCGAGACUUAUCCUAGCAUCUGUAGUGCACCAAGUAAAGUGGAAUGCAGAGCAAAACUCUACCCAGGACUUCCACUUUCACAACUGGGUCAAGUGGUGACUUGUAAUGCUAAAGAUGGACUGAUUUGUUUGAACCAAAACCAGGAUCUCCAGCAGCAGUGCUUAGAUUAUGAGAUUAGAGUUUACUGUUGUGAAGUUCAGCCUGGGCCUUGUCCCAUUACUUCAACAGAAACAACAACAUCUUCACCAACUACAACAACUACCACACCUACAACAACAAUUACAACAACUCCAACAACAAGCACACCUACAUCAACGACAACUCCAACAACAACAACAUCCCCGACCACAACAUCAUCCCCAACCACAACACCAUCCACAACCACAAGCUCAUCACCUACAUCUACAACAAAAACCACAAUUUCGACCACAACAAGCUGUAAAAGUUGCCAGUGGUCAGCAUGGAUGGACUUUGGCCCUCCCACAACAGGAGCUAAUGGUGGCGAAAUUGUACCAAUAAAACGAAUAACAGAGACUUAUCCCAGCAUCUGUAGCGCACCAAGUAAAGUGGAAUGCAGAGCAAAACUCUACCCAGGACUUCCACUUUCACAACUGGGUCAAGUGGUGACUUGUAAUGCUAAAGAUGGACUGAUUUGUUUGAACCAAAACCAGGAUCUCCAGCAGCAGUGCUUAGAUUAUGAGAUUAGAGUCUACUGUUGUGAAAUUGAGCCUGGGCCUUGUCCCAUUACUUCAACUGAAACAACAACAUCUACACCAACUCCAACAACAAGCACACCUACGACAACAAUUACAACAACUCCAACAACAACUCCAACAACAACAUCCCCGACCACAACAACAUCCCCAACCACAACAUCAUCACCUACAUCUACAACAAAAACCACAAUUUCGACCACAACAAGCUGUAAGCGUUGCCAUUGGUCAGCAUGGAUGGACUUUGGCCCUCCAACAACAGGUGCUAAUGGUGGCGAAAUUGUACCAAUAAAACGAAUAACAGAGACUUAUCCUAGCAUCUGUAGUGCACCAAGUAAAGUGGAAUGCAGAGCAAAACUCUACCCAGGACUUCCACUUUCACAACUGGGUCAAGUGCACACCUACAUCAACAACAACUCCAACAACAACAACAUCCCCGACCACAACAUCAUCCCCAACCACAACACCAUCCACAACCACAAGCUCAUCACCUACAUCUACAACAAAAACCACAAUUUCGACCACAACAAGCUAAACAACAACAUCUUCACCAACUACAACAACUACCACACCUACAACAACAAUUACAACAACUCCAACAACAAGCACACCUACAUCAACGACAACUCCAACAACAACAACAUCCCCGACCACAACAUCAUCCCCAACCACAACACCAUCCACAACCACAAGCUCAUCACCUACAUCUACAACAAAAACCACAAUUUCGACCACAACAAGCUCUGUAAAAGUUGCCAGUGGUCAGCAUGGAUGGACUUUGGCCCUCCAACAACAGGAGCUAAUGGUGGCGAAAUUGUACCAAUAAAACGAAUAACAGAGACUUAUCCCAGCAUCUGUAGCGCACCAAGUAAAGUGGAAUGCAGAGCAAAACUCUACCCAGGACUUCCACUUUCACAACUGGGUCAAGUGGUGACUUGUAAUGCUAAAGAUGGACUGAUUUGUUUGAAACAAAACCAGGAUCUCCAGCAGCAGUGCUUAGAUUAUGAGAUUAGAGUCUACUGUUGUGAAAUUGAGCCUGGGCCUUGUCCCAUUACUUCAACUGAAACAACAACAUCUACACCAACUCCAACAACAAGCACACCUACGACAACAAUUACAACAACUCCAACAACAACUCCAACAACAACAUCCCCGACCACAACAACAUCCCCAACCACAACAUCAUCACCUACAUCUACAACAAAAACCACAAUUUCGACCACAACAAGCUGUAAGCGUUGCCAUUGGUCAGCAUGGAUGGACUUUGGCCCUCCAACAACAGGUGCUAAUGGGGGCGAAAUUGUACCAAUAAAACGAAUAACAGAGACUUAUCCCAGCAUCUGUAGUGCACCAAGUAAAGUGGAAUGCAGAGCAAAACUCUACCCAGGACUUCCACUUUCACAACUGGGUCAAGUGGUGACUUGUAAUGCUAAAGAUGGACUGAUUUGUUUGAACCAAAACCAGGGUCUCCAGCAGCAGUGCUUGGAUUAUGAGAUUAGAGUUUACUGUUGUGAAAUUGAGCCUGGGCCUUGUCCCAUUACUUCAACUGAAACAACAACAUCUUCACCAACUACAACAACAACCACACCUACAACAACAAUUACAACAACUCCAACAACAAGCACACCUACAUCAACAACAACUCCAACAACAACAACAUCCCCGACCACAACAUCAUCCCCAACCACAACACCAUCCACAACCACAAGCUCAUCACCUACAUCUACAACAAAAACCACAAUUUCGACCACAACAAGCUGUAAAAGUUGCCAGUGGUCAGCGUGGAUGGACUUUGGCCCUCCAACAACAGGUGCUAAUGGUGGCGAGAUUGUACCAAUAAAAAGAAUAACAGAGACUUAUCCUAGCAUCUGUAGCGCACCAAGUAAAGUGGAAUGCAGAGCAAAACUCUACCCAGGACUUCCACUUUCACAACUGGGUCAAGCGGUGACUUGUAAUGCUAAAGAUGGACUGAUUUGUUUGAACCAAAACCAGGAUCUCCAGCAGCAGUGCUUAGAUUAUGAGAUUAGAGUCUACUGUUGUAAAAUUGAGCCUGGGCCUUGUCCCAUUACUUCAACUGAAACAACAACAUCUACACCAACUACAACAACAACCACACCUACGACAACAAUUACACCAACUCCAACAACAAGCACACCUACGACAACAAUUACAACAACUCCAACAACAACUCCAACAACAACAUCCCCGACCACAACAACAUCCCCAACCACAACAUCAUCACCUACAUCUACAACAAAAACCACAAUUUCGACCACAACAAGCUGUAAGCGUUGCCAUUGGUCAGCAUGGAUGGACUUUGGCCCUCCAACAACAGGUGCUAAUGGUGGCGAAAUUGUACCAAUAAAACGAAUAACGGAGACUUAUCCCAGCAUCUGUAGCGCACCAAGUAAAGUGGAAUGCAGAGCAAAACUCUACCCAGGACUUCCACUUUCACAACUGGGUCAAGUAGUGACUUGUAAUGCUAAAGAUGGACUGAUUUGUUUGAACCAAAACCAGGGUCUCCAGCAGCAGUGCUUAGAUUACGAGAUUAGAGUUUACUGUUGUGAAGUUGAGCCUGGGCCUUGUCCCAUUACUUCAACUGAAACAACAUCUUCACCAACUACAACAACUACCACACCUACAACAACAAUUACAACAACUCCAACAACAAGCACACCUACAUCAACGACAACUCCAACAACAACAACAUCUCCGACCACAACAUCAUCCCCAACCACAACACCAUCCACAACCACAAGCUCAUCACCUACAUCUACAACAAAAACCACAAUUUCGACCACAACAAGCUGUAAAAGUUGCCAGUGGUCAGCAUGGAUGGACUUUGGCCCUCCAACAACAGGAGCUAAUGGUGGCGAAAUUGUACCAAUAAAACGAAUAACAGAGACUUAUCCCAGCAUCUGUAGCGCACCAAGUAAAGUGGAAUGCAGAGCAAAACUCUACCCAGGACUUCCACUUUCACAACUGGGUCAAGUGGUGACUUGUAAUGCUAAAGAUGGACUGAUUUGUUUGAACCAAAACCAGGAUCUCCAGCAGCAGUGCUUAGAUUAUGAGAUUAGAGUCUACUGUUGUGAAAUUGAGCCUGGGCCUUGUCCCAUUACUUCAACUGAAACAACAACAUCUACACCAACUCCAACAACAAGCACACCUACGACAACAAUUACAACAACUCCAACAACAACUCCAACAACAACAUCCCCGACCACAACAACAUCCCCAACCACAACAUCAUCACCUACAUCUACAACAAAAACCACAAUUUCGACCACAACAAGCUGUAAGCGUUGCCAUUGGUCAGCAUGGAUGGACUUUGGCCCUCCAACAACAGGUGCUAAUGGUGGCGAAAUUGUACCAAUAAAACGAAUAACGGAGACUUAUCCCAGCAUCUGUAGUGCACCAAGUAAAGUGGAAUGCAGAGCAAAACUCUACCCAGGACUUCCACUUUCACAACUGGGUCAAGUGGUGACUUGUAAUGCUAAAGAUGGACUGAUUUGUUUGAACCAAAACCAGGGUCUCCAGCAGCAGUGCUUAGAUUACGAGAUUAGAGUUUACUGUUGUGAAGUUGAGCCUGGGCCUUGUCCCAUUACUUCAACUGAAACAACAUCUUCACCAACUACAACAACAACCACACCUACAACAACAAUUACAACAACUCCAACAACAAGCACACCUACAUCAACAACAACUCCAACAACAACAACAUCCCCGACCACAACAUCAUCCCCAACCACAACAACAUCCACAACCACAAGCUCAUCACCUACAUCUACAACAAAAACCACAAUUUCGACCACAACAAGCUGUAAAAGUUGCCAGUGGUCAGCGUGGAUGGACUUUGGCCCUCCAACAACAGGUGCUAAUGGUGGCGAGAUUGUACCAAUAAAAAGAAUAACUGAGACUUAUCCUAGCAUCUGUAGCGCACCAAGUAAAGUGGAAUGCAGAGCAAAACUCUACCCAGGACUUCCACUUUCACAACUGGGUCAAGCGGUGACUUGUAAUGCUAAAGAUGGACUGAUUUGUUUGAACCAAAACCAGGAUCUCCAGCAGCAGUGCUUAGAUUAUGAGAUUAGAGUCUACUGUUGUAAAAUUGAGCCUGGGCCUUGUCCCAUUACUUCAACUGAAACAACAACAUCUACACCAACUCCAACAACAACCACACCUACGACAACAAUUACAACAACUCCAACAACAAGCACACCUACGACAACAAUUACAACAACUCCAACAACAACUCCAACAACAACAUCCCCGACCACAACAACAUCCCCAACCACAACAUCAUCACCUACAUCUACAACAAAAACCACAAUUUCGACCACAACAAGCUGUAAGCGUUGCCAUUGGUCAGCAUGGAUGGACUUUGGCCCUCCAACAACAGGUGCUAAUGGUGGCGAAAUUGUACCAAUAAAACGAAUAACGGAGACUUAUCCCAGCAUCUGUAGUGCACCAAGUAAAGUGGAAUGCAGAGCAAAACUCUACCCAGGACUUCCACUUUCACAACUGGGUCAAGUAGUGACUUGUAAUGCUAAAGAUGGACUGAUUUGUUUGAACCAAAACCAGGGUCUCCAGCAGCAGUGCUUAGAUUACGAGAUUAGAGUUUACUGUUGUGAAGUUGAGCCUGGGCCUUGUCCCAUUACUUCAACUGAAACAACAUCUUCACCAACUACAAGAACUACCACACCUACAACAACAAUUACAACAACUCCAACAACAAGCACACCUACAUCAACGACAACUCCAACAACAACAACAUCUCCGACCACAACAUCAUCCCCAACCACAACACCAUCCACAACCACAAGCUCAUCACCUACAUCUACAACAAAAACCACAAUUUCGACCACAACAAGCUGUAAAAGUUGCCAGUGGUCAGCAUGGAUGGACUUUGGCCCUCCAACAACAGGAGCUAAUGGUGGCGAAAUUCACACCUACGACAACAAUUACAACAACUCCAACAACAAGCACACCUACAUCAACGACAACUCCAACAACAACAACAUCUCCGACCACAACAUCAUCCCCAACCACAACACCAUCCACAACCACAAGCUCAUCACCUACAUCUACAACAAAAACCACAAUUUCGACCACAACAAGCUCUACACCAACAACUCCAACAACAACAACAUCCCCAACCACAACAACAUCCCCAACCACAAGCACAUCACCUACAUCUACAACAAAAACCACAAUUUCGACCACAACAAGCUCGCACCAAGUAAAGUGGAAUGCAGAGCAAAACUCUACCCAGGACUUCCACUUUCACAACUGGGUCAAGUGGUGACUUGUAAUGCUAAAGAUGGACUGAUUUGUUUGAACCAAAACCAGGGUCUCCAGCAGCAGUGCUUGGAUUAUGAGAUUAGAGUCUACUGUUGUGAAAUUGAGCCUGGGCCUUGUCCCAUUACUUCAACUGAAACAACAACAUCUACACCAACUACAACAACAACCACACCUACGUCAACAAUUACAACAGCUACGCCAACAACAACUCCAACAACAACAACAUCUCCAACCACAACAACAUCCCCAACCACAAGCACAUCACCUACAUCUACAACAAAAACCACAAUUUCGACCACAACAAGCUGUAAGCGUUGCCAUUGGUCAGCAUGGAUGGACUUUGGCCCUCCAACAACAGGAGCUAAUGGUGGCGAAAUUGUACCAAUUAAAAGAAUAACGGAGACUUAUCCUAGCAUCUGUAGCGCACCAAGUAAAGUGGAAUGCAGAGCAAAACUCUACCCAGGACUUCCACUUUCACAACUGGGUCAAGUAGUGACUUGUAAUGCUAAAGAUGGACUGAUUUGUUUGAACCAAAACCAGGAUCUCCAGCAGCAGUGCUUAGAUUAUGAAAUCAGAGUGCUCUGUUGUGAUAAAUACUGUUCUGAAACAACUCCGACAGUUACAACCUCUACACUCUUUGUACAUACUGCAUCCACAUCAACUCCUCCCUACAUUACACAGAAUUGUUCUUGCAUCCUCGAUGGAAUAAAAUAUCCCCCAGGUUCCCAAGUAUACAAUGUGAGUGAUGGUGAUGGAUGGUGUUACACUAUGACAUGUAUCAAAAAUACAUAUGUCGCAUGUGUCUUCGUUCCACAACUGACCCCAUGUGGUGUAACUACAACUUCACCACCUACUACCACACCUCUGUCACCAAACUGCGACAAUCAUAACCCACCCCUAAAGAACGGUGAAAGUAUACCAGAUGGCAAAUGCUCCAAUAUCACAUGUGUCGACAGAACAAUCAAGCAUGAGCAUGUGCAUUGUGAGCCUGCACCUUUGCCUGUGUGUGUAAACAACCAUCCACCAGUAAGCGUCACUGAUGAUUCUGGGUGCUGUUCCAAAUAUGACUGCCAAUGUAUCUGCAGUGGCUUUGGAGACCCACAUUACAUCACAUUUGAUGGAACAUACUACCCAUUCCAAGGAAACUGCUCCUAUGUCUUGGUCAAAGAGAUCCAUCCAACAUAUAACUUCAGCGUCAUCAUUGACAAUGUCAACUGUGAUUCUCCAGAUGGCCUCUCCUGUCCUAAAUCACUGACAGUGUACUACAAAUUCUUCAAGAUUUUCAUGUCACAGGAGAUUUCUAAUGGAAUUGUCACAAACUUGAUUUACGUCAACAACAAGAGAGUCGUGCUGCCAUUUGAGAACAGUGACUUCCGAAUAACAGACAAUGGCAUUGAAUCACUGGUGGUGAUACCAGCGAUUGGUGCACAGGUCACAUUCACUGGAAUGAUGUUUUUCAUCAACCUCCCAUGGCAAAAAUUCCACGGUAACACUGAGGGACAAUGUGGAACAUGUGAUAAUAACCGCACUGAUGACUGUCGCUUGCCAAAUGGCACCAUUAUAUCAUCAUGUGAAAAAAUGGCUCCCUACUGGCAUGUUAAUGAAAACAAUGGCUCCUGCCAACCAGUUCCACCUACACUACCACCAGUGCACUGUACUAAUUAUUCAAUCUGCGAAAUUAUUAGUAGCAAGGUCUUUGAGAAAUGCCACAAGCUUGUCCCUUACGAGCCUUUUUUCUUGGCCUGCAACUUUGAUGUUUGCCACGUGAACAAUGUGUCUAUUGGCUGCGCUAGUUUGCAAAUGUAUGCAGAGGAGUGUGCUCUGGCAGGAGUUUGCAUCGAUUGGAGAGAAGCCACAAAUGGAACAUGUCCUUUCAUCUGUAAAGAACCCAAAGUAUACAAAGCUUGUGGUCCUCAGGUUGAAUCAACUUGUGAUCUGAGAUAUAACCUGAAAUUUAUAAGUGAGCCUAGUCCAUUCAAUGCUUUGGAAAGCAUAACUUGGGAGGGUUGCUAUUGUCCAGAAGGCACUACGUUGCUGAACCCAUUUUCAGAUGUCUGUGUUCCUACUUGUAACAUCUGCCUGUUGCCAAAUGGAAGGUGGAAACCGGCUGGUGAGACAUGGAAUAACGGUUGUGAGAAAUGCACAUGCCAGCCAGAAACUCUGACUGUGUACUGUGAUGCUCCAAAAUGUCCUACACCACAGCCAGUUACCUGCGAUCAGGAAGGUCAGGUGAAGAUCACAGAGACAGUGGGCUGCUGCCAGAAUAUCACAUGCGUGUGUGAUGGCCGUCUUUGUCCUUCUAAGAAGCUCACGUGCCCUGUUGGAUACAUUCAAGAGGUUGUAAUGGGAGCUUGCUGUCCAGAGUAUACAUGUGAGCCUAAUGGAAACGUCUGUGUGUUCAACAAUACGGAAUAUAAGCCUGGUUCAGCAGUGCCUAUGCAAAACUGUGAGCAGUGCAUAUGCAGUCAUGACAUGGAUCAACAAAAUCAAUGGCACAAAAUUGAGUGUCAGGCUCUUCCAUGUGACACAUUCUGCCCACUGGGAUAUGAGUACCAGUCAGUUACAGGGCAGUGCUGUGGAAACUGUGUGCAGACCAGCUGCGUGGCCACGUUAGGAAACAUCACCGAAACCAUCAAGCCUGGUCAAAUCUGGACUCCACCUAGUGAUAAAUGUUUGAAGUUUGAGUGUGUGAAGAUUGGAACACAGUUCAUCGUGAUUGAGGCCAAGCUUGUUUGUCCAAAGAUCAAUGAAGAUGACUGUAUUCCUGGAACGAUAGUCGUUGGUCCCGAUGGUUGCUGUGUUACCUGCAUAAACAAGACUGAGCACUGUGGUGUAAGCAAGACCUCCACGUACCUCGAGAGCAACGGCUGCAAAACUGCAAACCUGGUGGAGAUGACGACUUGCAAAGGCUCUUGCAGCACAUCAUCUGGAUACUCAGUGCAAACCAGAACAAUCCAGCACUCAUGCUCCUGUUGUCAGGAACUGGUCACCAGCCAGAAAGAAGCAACACUCAUCUGUCCAGAUGGAUCAAAGGUCAUACACACUUACAUCUUUAUUGAAAAGUGUGGCUGCACAGAGACGGAAUGCACAGCAAGGGAGACCGCUGCUGUCAAGCAGCGCCGUAGAAGACGGUGAUCCCCAUGCUCUGCCUGCUCAAAUCAACGUUAAUCUAUUUAUGACUUUAUUUACAAUUCAGUUUGCUUAUCUGAAUCACUCUACAAUCUAAAACAAAAUGUUACUUUAGUUUUUGCUUCUUAUUAUUUCUUUUCUGAUGCUUAAAAUUCAAUAAAUAUCAGCAAUGAACAUGC